AUGGCGCGAAAUGCCGGAGAGAGAUGUGAAUACAUCACUAUACUAAAAUGGUUUGUUAGAUAUUCGAUCGUUCUUCAGCCCUGCUGGAAAGACAGCGAAGCAAGGCGCUUCGAAAGUAGAAAUAAACGCGGGAAAGAUUCUACAGCGAAGUCAUCAUCGAAACAAGAUGUAGGAAAUAGCCGAACGAAAACCAAGGGUUUAUCAAGUAGUGAAGAUAAUGACAUUGCCCAGAAACAAAAACCAAAAGAAAAUCAGAAGAGGAAGAAGAAAGGAAAAAAACUUUUUGACUCAGAUUCUGAUGAAGAUCCUCUUCCUCUAAAAAUCAGAAAAUCCACAUCAGUAAAGAAGGAGGAGAUUUCAAAAGCUAAGAAAAGUAGAAGAGCAAUCAGCUUGGACUCAGGAUUAACAGCGUUAUUAACAGAUGAGGAAGAAGUUGUGCCCAGGAAAUUAAAAUAGUCUGCUAAACAGACAGAAAAUACAGCUUCUAAAGAGGUCCAGCAGGUUAAGGAGAGAGAUCUGACAAGUCUGAAGAAAAUGAAGAAGAGUUUGAGAAUGGGAGAGAAAAAUAAGGAAGAGAAAAUGGGAAUGUCAACCAUCACACAACAGAGCAACCAUCAAAGAAAAGAGAGGAAGUCCUCCCAGAAUCAAAGUCUGAGGUUAAAAAGCCCUUCCCUGAGAAGAAAAAGGAAGUACCAAAGACAACUCCUGCUCGCAAACUGGCUGCCAAAGCUGCCAUAGUUCCAGAAACUUCAGCUCAAGGCUCAAAACCAAGUCCAAAGAAGAUUGUUACUCCAAAAAAGGAUAAUAAAGAUGUUGGUAUUAGGAAACUCCAAUCAAAGGAACACCAAAGGUGUCAAAAUCAGAGAAAGUGGUUGAAAUUCCACCCUCACUGGAAAAGAAAAAAUCUAGCUACCGUAGUUUUGUGGCGAGAGAUGGUCCUAGGGCACUUGGUUCAAAGGAAAUCCCUCAGGAAGCAGAAAACUGUUUGGGUGGACUGACAUUUGUUAUUAUGGGAAUACUUGAAAGUAUUGAGAGAGAGGAGGCUGCUGAUUUGAUUCAAAGAUGUGGUGGAAAAGUUACCCAAUCAGUGAACAAGAAAACAAGUUAUGUCGUUGUGGGAUGAAAUACUGGGGAGAGUAAACUUUCUAAGGUACAUUGUAAUGCACAGCUCAAAACAGCAAGAAAAAGAAGAAGCACUGUGAAAACCAACAUAUAAGCUGCACCUUUUUCCCUAAAUUUCUGUAACAAAUCCAGGGUGUGGCUCACUGCAAAAAAACCUGGGAAACUUGCCACAAAUUUGAAUAAAUUAACACAAUUCAUUGACAGUUUGCAAGUCUGUAUAACAAACUAACAAGAACUAAAGA